AUAGGGAAAUAGGGAUCUCCAUCUUCAGCCCUUUUUGCGCGAGGCUCUGUUUUACUGUGUACUUACCGUCCGGUAUCUGAUUUUCAGUCCAUUCCCUAUUAGACUUUUCAUAGGAUCGAAGCCGUAGUCUUCAUUGAAUGGCUUCGUUGAGAUUGUGGCCUUUAUGCAGUCCCAAUGGCACGUGAUGGGGGCUCGAGGCUGACGGCUGUCUGCUUUCUUGCCUCAUAUAUCUGGCUAUCAUGUUCCUUACAGAGACAUUCAUUAAUAGAUCAGCCACGGCUGUCUUCAUUCUUACUCCUUUUCAUUUCAGGCACCAUAGCUUUCAUAGCUAGCCUGUUUUCGAAAUGGCUCCCCGGCGCAGAUGGAAGGUUUGAUUCGGAGGCUGUUAUAAAGGGAAUGCAGUCCUCCCUUCCACACCGCCCUCGACGUUUUUAUGUGCCUUGUAUCAUAUUUCUCAUCGUUUUUCGACUAGAGAUCGUGCAUAAGGUUAUGCGCGACUUUCAAUGUGCCGCCGAAGGCAUAGAGGCUUUUCUUCCUGUAUUUCUAGCUGCUCACGAGUUCUUCUCGCAUCGUACGAGCCAGGUCAUGUCUGACGAACCGGAAGACAUGUGGGGCAGCCCUUUAGAAGAUUUCAAGAAUUGGCUCAUGAGCUCCCCGAUCACUCUUCUCUUCAGCACUAUUCUCUUUAGCUAUGGUGUUUUCAUGGUGGGAGACCUCACUUCAAGAUCUACUUAUUUUUGCUCCACCUUGGUGAAUCAGAGCUCAUUCACUAUACUCAUACAGUGGCUGGGGGUUUUCACUGACGCCGUUAUCUUGAUCAUGUUAUGGAGGGUGCUUUCGUGGGCGAGGACCACGAGAAGCCGCCUCCGAACUCUUGGCGGAAUUCUAAUUUUAUCAUCCCUUGGCGUCUCAUCUCUAUGGAUGGUAGCGCGACUUUCCCAGCAUCAAGAAAUUAUUGGUCACCAUCCAUUCAGGGGGAUCGGUUCUCUCUACUUCUUUGACGUUUCUAGCACGGCACUCCUCAUUUCUACUCUCGUUAUAUCGACGGCAAUGUGGAUCUGCGACGCGACAAUAUUAGAACCUACAGCUAUCGCAACCUUUACCUCUGGCUUGCUUGGGAGUGUUCAAAAUGUUCUGUUGAUCGGAACAUAUCAACAGACCACGUCCGGCCAACCACUGUUGGUACUAUUUGUUAUCUCGGUUGGGUUCAUUCUCUUUACUUAUGCAAACAACAUGAGAUGGAUUAUCUUGUUCAAGAGGGUAUUUCUCCUGCUGUUGCUUGCUUCUCUAUUCAUCACAUCGGCUCUCUACGCUACGUUCAGGAGCAAGCAUUUGGACCGUCACCCUGUUGACGAUCUCGUCUAUAAGAACAGGGUGGAAGCUGACCGUUGGCUUCGGCACGCAACUGUCAGUACUACCCUGAAAUUAGCGGUCACCGAAUACAAGGACCGCCACCAAGGGCGUGAUCCACCGCCAAACUUCGACAAGUGGUUCGAAUUUGCACAGCAACGGAAGUCUGUUGUGAUCGAUAGGUUCGACCAGAUCGAAAGGGAUAUCUUGCCCUUCUGGGGCAUGAAACAACAAAAGAUUCAAGAGGGCCUGAAUCGACUGAAAGUGUUACCUGAUGUUGGGAUCAUUACCAUUGCAGAGGGAAAGGCGUCUCACAACCAGCUAGCUGACCCUACGCACAAUGUGAUAUUGGACGAAGCGGUAUCGAUGAUUUCAAAAUUUGUCGAAUAUCUUCCUGCUAUGUCUAUUGCUAUCAACAUGAAAGAGCGGCCUAGGAUUUUGGUUCCUUGGGACGACGUUCACAGGUUCAUUAUGGCUGGAACUAAACCUCGGUUUCAGCUUCUUCACCCUCGCUCACGGAACCGCCUAGUGGACGAACCUAAGCUAACAGACAGUAAUGCUGUUGAUGUCUCCAAGGAGGUUCUGGGAUCAACUACCCAGCCAUACGUAUCUCCGAAGAAGUUUAGACAACUUGAGGCUUUGGCAUGUCCUCCGGGAUCAGCUGCCCGAGGAGGCGUGCAUUGGGACACGAGGGAUUUCUGUUCCUCAUGUGUCAGACCUCACUCGGAAGCGCAGUUCCUGCAGGACUGGGAAAUGUUCCUUGAUCCAUGCCACCAACCGGACAUAUUCAACCUACACGAUUUACAUACUACACCUCAUCUUCACGACCUACACCAAGAUCUCUUGCCCCUCUUCAGCAGAUCGAAGACGGAUAGUUUCAACGAUAUAUUAAUACCGCUCAUACGUCCGGUGAACGAGGAACACGACGAGAUCGGCUUCGAUCAGAAGAAGGAAAUCGUGUUUUGGCAAGGGGAUGCUAAAGACUCGCAAAUCGUGACCCCUCAAUCCCUACUCGGCGGGCACCGCCACCGACUAGUACAUCUCGCCAACAACGCCAGCGCCGUGGAUCAGGUGUCCAUGCUCCUCGACGUUCAGGUCAACAAGAAGGACAAGUUCCAGUACGAGACAACGCAGCUCAAAGAGGCGAACGGUCCCCUGCCUUUCGAGUUCUCGUUCACCAACACCGAAGCCUGCGACGACGCUAACUGCCAGCUCCUGCAGCGGGAGUUCGGCUUCAAGGAGCCGGGCAAGGCCCUCGAGAAUAGGUACGUGGUGCUGCUCGACAGCGCGGACGGGCCGCCACAAGACCUGCUGCCGACGCUCCGGUCUAAUAGCGUGCCCGUACUAUCCUCCGUUUUCCGAGAGUGGUUCACGGAGAGGUUGAUGCCGUGGGUCCAUUUCGUGCCUGUGGAUCUCAGAUACCACGCCCUGCACAGUACGAUGGCGUAUUUCAUCGGCCUGAAGAACCGCGGCCCGAUUAAUGGGAGAGUCCAGACUACUGAUGGUAGACACGAGGACGCACGGUGGAUCGCGGAGCAGGGGCGUAAGUGGGCUGAUAAGGCUGUUAGGAGGGAGGAUAUGGAAGUUUACUUGUUCAGACUCCUGCUCGAGUGGGGGAGGGUCGUCGACGAGAAUAGGGAUAACUUAGGCUUCACGCUGUAAGUGUAGCCUAAACUGGCGUACAUAAUUAGGGAAGGUGUCUGUAAUUAUCACACGCGUGUUCACAAUACCUGGAAUAGCUAAGUGGGUAAUAAAAUAGAGGCGUUUCGUGGGUACCUAUAUCAAACUUGUUCACAUCGUAUCAUGUCAGUGGCGUCCUUGUUUGCUACGGCAAUAUACUUAGUACCUUUAGAAUAUCAACUAG